AAGAUCGUGCCCGAGCGCCCCCCGGGGGAGAUGCCGCCGGCCGCCGCGCCCGCCGCCCCGGAUGCCUCGGCCAGCGAGGAGGCGCCAGCGGGGCCCGUGCAUCCGGAGUCUCCAGAAGCUUCUGGGGCCCUCGUGGACGAGGCGUUCCUCCUCCGCGCUCUGCGCGACGUGGUGGAUCGCCGCAUCCUCCACGGGGGCAGCGCUCGUGCGCCCAGCGCGGCGUCGACGGCCCCCUGCAGCCCGGCCUCCCCCAGCGACUCCGACGGCGCGGAGGGCGAGGAGGGCGACGAGCUGGACAAGCGCCUCGAGACGUUGUGGGACCUCUGCGUCGACGAGGGCACCGCCGCCUUCGUCGCCUCCCACAGCGGCGUGGCGGUCCUGUCCCGGGCCGCGGAGCAGGGCGGGAGCGAGGGCCGCACGGCCGAGAUCUGCCUGGGCACCCUGGCGAACACCUGCGCCCACCACGCGCUCGUGGAGGGAAUCACCGCCGACGACCUCGCCCAGCUUCGCGCCGCUGCGCUGCGGGGCCUCCGGUCACCGGACGCCCGGGUCGUGCUGCAGGCACUCCGCCUGGCAUGCGCUCUGCUGUGUGGCCCCGCGGCGCGCGCCUGCCCAGACCUCUGGGACGACGCGUCCAUCUCGGGCUACGUGUGGGCGCCCAACCCCCGCUGGGGCAG